GUGAAACAUUCGGAACACAUCGGACCGUUACGGCAAGUUCUAUUCGGGCCGAGUAAAACAAGGUCAUACAAACUAGUAAGGAUUGAGCGUCAACAGUUUUUGUUAAGAGCAUGUGUAGAUACUUAUUUGCGGGAGUUUGGCGUGUAAUGUACACAUAAUUGGUUUCAUGCUCCCAACUCGGGAAGAGGGCUUUGCGGUCACAGGCCUAUUUGAUGUUUGUAUUGACAGAACUGAGCGCAGCAGAGGAUGAGUGUUUAUGAGAUUGACACCCUCAUUCAGUUAAACCGCGGAUUACCCCAAGCUGUGCUUUCUUCGCCGUAUUUGUAUGAGAAAGCUGAUUUGUCAGGGCAUGCGCAUAAUGCCAAUAUUCAAUAAUUGCAAGUAGCCACUGACGCGGGACAUGUACCGCAACAGAUGGGAUGCUUCAUCAGGGGAGGAAGAGGAUGUAACGUUAGUGAGCAGUGGUACUCAGUCAAGCGUUGUAUCUAAAAGAGGAUAAGUCUGGACCUUCAUCAAGGCGAUGCCAUUCACUCACUUCAUUACUCUACAGAUGAACAUAGGAUGUUGUGUUGGCUUGUGACGGAUUAUCGUGGGUCGUUGUGAAGAUUCUUUGUCAAUAAAGGAAGUACGUGUCGUUUUCUUAAAGUGGUAAAGUGGUUCACGGUUCUCACUGCGCGACGUUAAAUGAUAAUGUGAUGUGAAUAGACGGAGCCCAGUUUGUGUUCGUCGUAUAGUGACCUGUCAACCAAACGCCAAAUGGACCCAAUCAGAGAUUGUGAUUCGCUGGAUAUACAAUAACUACGUUCUGAAAAUACGUUUCUUGUGGUUUCGUGAACAAAGACUUAAACAUGCGUUUUCGUCCAAAUGGAUCAGAGAGCUAACGAAUAACGAAUACAUCAGGGUUUGGAUCAGGAAUUAGGUUAAUAUACCAAAAAGGCCAUUUUUUCGGAAGACCAAAACGAUGAUAGAUGUGAAUUGAAAUUUGAAAAAGAGGUUAACAUAAUUUCUGUGUGAUGAAUCAAGUACCUUUCUAGUCACCAUGUACAUGUUUAUAUUCCUGUUGGCGUCAGCGGUAAACGCUGUGACCUCUGACGUCCAUUACGUUGACCUUCUGCGAGGUCAUGACUUUAAGUCCGAGGUCGUGUCCAAGUCUGCCCUUCAGACCGCCCAGCUGCAGAUCAUCGAGCUCAAGAAGCUUGUUGAAAAACAAGGAAGGGUUUUAGCUCAACUGGUCGCAGGUCAGAACAAACUCGUCAAGUAUAAAUCCCGAGAAUUAAAGAAGAACAAACACACACGGAGAUACCUCAAGAAAAUAUACAAGUCAUGCACGUGCGAAUCUCGUAGCAACCCUGUGAAGUAUUACAGCAAGGAUGUGAACGAUGCGAAGGGAGACAACUCCCGGCGGAUCGCAAUUUUCAACAGAUCGAACUCAAAGGAUGUCAGUAAGAGCAAGGAUGUCUUGAAUAUUUUGGUGGAGAGUGGUAAUGGUAUACCCGACGAAGGAGGUGCGCGUGUUCCUCAAGGAGACAGAAAUGACGUUAGUAGAGCACUGAGAGACUCUCAGGUUGUGAAGGCGCCAUCUACCGGCGAGGGUAGCGACCCACAUGGAGGUCACAAGGCAUCGUAUGGCCACACCGAGGAUGAAUUAAGAUCGACAUCCACUAAGGUGCCGACAACGUCGACGAUAGUGUCUUCAAGUACGUCUACAACAGCUAAGCCACCAGUGAUGUUUGGAGAUGGUUCUGAUGACGUUGAUGAAGAAUCCUAUGAUGUCUUCGCUAAUCUAGACUCCGGGAGGGUCAAGGGUAACCAUAGCGACAUCAUAUGGCUUCAUCCGCCCUCAGAGGAGUCGUCGUCUUUGUGUGGUCGUCAGGGAUUGGUCCGUUUAGACUUCCGUCAGCCGUCAUCCAAUCAGCGCCACGAAAAGAUCAAGAUUGACAUGUGGUUUGACACGCCCAGUGGUUGGGUUUUCAACGUCGGCGAUUCCAAAUCUAACGAUGGAGGGUCCGGCGAUGGCACCACACAAGAGAAUGAUUGUGAGGCGCAAGGUUUGGGGACUUCUUUCUCAAUCCACGGUAGUGAUAAGUCUCCAAACCCCUUGAAGAAGUUGUUAUAUGAGAGAACAGACUUCAUCAAGUCACGUGUUACACUGAUUGUCAAGGAUGAAACAAUCAUAUGGAACAACUAUUAUGAAAAUUUUAACUUCUUGCAUAGCCCCACCCUAUUUGCUCUCAAUAACCAAUCAGACAGCCAGGGCCCUGUCAAUCACGACGUAUAUCUUUCAUUCAACAGGGUCAUAGCGGGGACCUACAGAAGUGGGCGUGGUUUAUGUAAAGUUGCACUUAAGUGGUUGGAAUAAAUGUGCAAAUUUCGCAUAAUUUAUAAGUGUAAUGUGCAUAUUUGUUGAAUAUAAACGUCAGUCAGCAGCAUAUUCAACCCCAAAAUAGCUGGGAUUCAUGCAACAACCUAUCGCCAGUCCGGAUUUAACCACGCCCCCAACAAGCUAGGGAGAUAUCACAUAUGUGAUAUUUUAUCUGUAAACCUCUAGAAACCUGAUAUAUUACAUACUUCAGUGUGAAAGGCUGAUUUCUUCGAAGUGAAAAAGUGAUAUUUUCAUUGCAGUGAACUUAAGACUUUGACGAAACUUUUGUCAUACAAGAGUUACCUCCCCUCACAUUGUCUCCUCACAGUGUCUAGCCCGUACACAAACCGUUGACUUCCUUUUUAAGUUAGUUCCACAUUGACAAGGCAAAAUAAUGACAGAUGGCCAUUUAUGGAGUUAAUAUCGCUUCAUGCCGUUUAUUUUCUUGAAACAUUUUCUUUACAAAUUGUAAAUUUCUCAUUUGACUCGUCAAUCGAAACUCAAUGUUUCGCAAAGCGCCAUUUUUGUUACUUGACGAGCGUGUAUUCUUUCGCUUCCAACAGGGGGGUCUCGUAGUCUUAAAGAAUAUGUUUUUUAAAGUUGAUUCAAUACAUAAUCAUAUCCAUAUGUAUGAUACAGAAUUUUCGUGACCCUUAUAGUUUUUUGUUACUUUUGUAUAUAUGUUUUAAGAUUUUGCAAACACGAACUACUUAACACGUAUUCGCCCAGAUUACCUUUCUAAUGGUGGUCAGUGUCCUCUACUGGCAUCACUCUUGGCUUGCUUGCAGCAUCAUGGUAGCCCAUCGAGAUGCCACGGCGACACUGCACACAGCGAGGUUAAACCCAACUCCGGGUAGUAGUCGGCAUUCACAACAAACAACAGCUGGAGUCCUUCACUGCACGUUUCAAACCUUAUUCAGUUUGCGAAUGAGUGAGGUGGGUUUUACACCGCUUUCAGCAAUAUUCCAGCAGUAUAACGGCAUGACCCUAGAAAUGGGCUUCGCGCAUGAGGGGAAUCGAACCCGGGUCUUCGGUCUGACGAGCAAACGCUUUAACCACUAAACCAACAAUAGUUAAUGAAGGAGGUAGCGUUGUACUUGAAUACCAAUUAAAUGCUUUAAGUCCUGUCUCUUGAUUAUAUAUAUAAUUAACAUGUUGCCCUGUUGGAGACAGACGUCGGGCACUCCGAGUGACUCCGGGCGAUGCUGGUCAAUACGAUAGACAGGAAUGAACCCUUAAAUGUUGGUUAAGCUGCAAAUAGUAUAACCCUGUGAACAAACACACUAUAUACCGUUACCCAUUGUUUUUUUUAGGGUUUGAAUGAUAGAUCCUCACCAACCAAUGUUUAUCUGGUCCUGAGCCAUGACUGUGGAAUAUAUAUAUAUAUACAAUGUAUAUACAUACUUUCUAAAAGCCUAGGAAUAUCUAGAUCAAAUUAAAGUAGUGUCCUUGAUUCCACAAAACAGAGGAAAGGUUAUUUUGAAUAAAGAAAAAUACAAUUAUUUUAAGAAAUGUUUUCAUAGACCUAGUGUUAGUCUAAUGCCUACCGUAUGAAGCUAUUUCUGGCUUGAGUGCAUGGUCAGGAUUGGUGUCAUUACGUGUCGUCGUGCCACGACGGCGUGGGCGGUGCUCAUAAUAUCAACCCCUGGGUUGUCCAUUUAUAUGGUCCAGACUAGACUGUCUCGAGGCCUCCGUUAUAUGGCUGAAAUAUUGCAGAAUGCCGUGUUAAACAACAAACACACUCACCUAGCUAGCCUUGCUGCUGACGUCAGUGAGCUCGACGGUGGUGACUGGAUAUACGACCCGUGAAGAUCCAGGGUUGAAUAGGUCUUCAGCAACCCAUGACUAUGCUUGCCGUAAAAGGCGACUAUGCCUGUCGUAAGAGGCGACUAACGGGAUCGGGUGGUCAGGCUCGCUGACUUGGUUGAUGCA